AUCCUGAGGUGUUCUGUGAUUUCGGUAAGAGCUGCAUCUUACCGUGUAGCUUUGAGGCCGGAUAUGAUUCACUGAUCCACUGGUAUCAGCAGAAGGAAGCAGAAAUUUCCGUCCACUCAUUUUAUCAUGAAAAAGUCCAGCUCGACCUCCAGGACGAGCGUUUCAGAGGCAGGACAUCGCUGUUUGAGGAUCAGAUCUCCAAAGGAAACGCCUCCCUGGAGCUGUCGGGGGUGGAGGUUCAGGACCAGGGCAGAUAUAAGUGCUACACCAGCACCACCAGAGGAGAGGAGUCCUUUAUCCACCUGAGAGUGGACGCUCCAGUUGGUGAAGUUAGUAUUCAGCAGGUAG